AAACACCUGUUAAUUACCAAAUGAGACAUGGCUCUGGUAAGCUCUACUUUGUUGUCACCAACUGAGCAUACUGAUCAAUGCAUAGGUGUCCCCAUCCCUCCUUAUCCCCUAAUUGGCGAGUCAUUCGUCGAAUUCGCAACCGCUCAGCAAGAAGCAGCCAGAACUCAUGCCUAUUUUCGUGAGCACCACGGCAUGGAGGUGGACGCGUUUGGAUUUGCGCAAUUCCACCGACGCCCUGAACCAGCGGCAAACCAGCUCGAGGGCGCACAGGAAUCCAACAUUGAAACAGCGCAGGUAGAAGAACCACCUUCAUCCCUUGCUCUCGAGUCCGCGCGCGUUCUGUAAGUAUUGGAUGAACGUUCCGAGAAGAGCUACGCUGAUACUGUUUCUCAGAUCCGAGGAGGAGGAUGAUGCCCAGUAUGAGCAGAUGGGAGAAUCCGAUCAAGCUCGUAAUCCAUACGAGCUGAAUUCUCGGCCGAUCAUCUCGAGGGAAAAUCCCGAGUUCAGAGAGGUAGCAUUGCGCCUAGAAUCCAUGCAAGAAUCAUCUGGUCUUGCUUCUAUUCAGACGCCUCCAUCGGGAAGAACGUUCAGACCAUCCAUGAUGGCCCUCGAGAAGUACGGCCUCGUUGAUCGGCCAAGCCGAGACUCGAAAUACCUUGGCCAUAAAUUCAAGGAGCACCGGCACGCUGUGCCAGACGCCUUGAAUUGUGGCCUCUGGCUCUCAUGCCUUGAUCCCAUGACCACGGUAGAAGAACUCUUUGGUGUAAUUCGGACAGGUGCUGUGUACGCCUUGAAUAUUACGCCUCCGCAGGAUGGCUAUCCUACAGCAGCUGCAAGUGUCUAUUUUAUGGCGCACUCCGGUGCUGAGCAGUUCCUCGGGCAGGUAAAUAGCCGCCAAGGUAUUAUCAUCCGAUCCUCGAGGAUUAAGGCCAUCUACAACAAGCAUGGGCAGGAGCAGCAGUCGAAUCUCGAGCGAACCCGUGUUUUGCGUAUUUCGGGGCCCGCUCAAGAGAUGACCCGCGACUUCUGGGAGAAGUUUUUUGAACGGCGUGUCGACUACCAACUGAGCCAUAUUAUGCAAAGAUCAAGGAAUGGUGGUCGGCGGGACAUGGAGUUUGGCUUUGCACGAAUCGACGGUCAAGCCUGUUCCGUCAAACUCGCGAUUGAGGCCGAACCGGCCUUCCGUGGAAUUUUUCAAGUAGGUUACGGCAAGGAUCCUUGUGACCCACAUGGGAGACCACAGUAAGCGGUGUUGAGGUUGGAGCCUUGCUUGCGUGCCAGGGAAGGAAUGAUGAUUGAUGACUGGUGGACAUCCAAGGAGAAUAUUGGGAAAUGGAGUUGGAUCCUCGAGAGUGAAGCAAUGGAUGCUUCCUUAGAAUAGAACAAACAAAGGAACUUGGCCAUUUGGAAAAUGUUGUCCAACACUAGCCUGAUAGAGUGGAAGGCUUUUGUUGUGAAGCUCAUCCUCUAAGGCAG